CUAGUGCAUAUAGUCGAUGUUGCCUAGCAUUUUAAAAUACAAUCACACUUCUUGUACACAUUCAUCAAUAGUUAAACACUCUGCACAACCAACUUUCUUAAAUACGUAUCGUGGAAUGCUUCAAUAACCAUGUGGCAAAAUUGUCUGAUGACACUCCCACUCCGUUGUGUCGGUGACGGGCAGGUACUUGUUAGAAUUGGAGCACCACCGUACGAGGGUCUAACAGGUGCGGCUCGGACCGAUGCAUGUCACGUGCGGGUGUCACCGAGCUAUCGUCCGGGAGCAAGAAGAUUGUGCACACGCGUGCCGGAUGAGCCGCGUUCUGGCCUGACCAGUUCCAUUUUCUGACUAGGCAACCCAACACCUAACAAACCACACGGCCCCACCCCCACCGAUCCAUCAACAUAAAGCAGUCCCGACAAACAACAUUCGUUCUUCAUCUCUCGCUCUCCAUUUCCUUCUCUCCCAACCUAAAAUAUUCCCACUUUUCCCAUUAAACAAAAAACACACCUCCCUAAACUCAUUCUUCAAUUCCCUUCCCCCAAAAGCCAUGUACCAAAGCAUAACAUUCUCCCUCACUUUCCUCCUCUUUAUCACAUUCCACCCCUCACCACUCCCCGCUCUCCCCAUCCUACCCGACCCGGACCCCGCCGCCGUCCAAACCCAAACCCUCCACCGCCCCCCGCCGGCCACCAUCCCCGCCUUCCCGGAGCAAUCCGACGCAUCUGCCUGCCCCCUCGACCUCCCCGACCAGCUCUUCCGCGACAUCAAAUCCGCCUGCGCCGCCAAGCCCCACCACCGACCCGACCCCAAUUCCUACUCCGGUCAGUUCCAUCGCAGCCGCUGCUGCCCCGUCCUCGCCGCCUGGCUCUACUCCGCCUACUCCGACACCGCAUUGCGCCCCUCCGCCGCCGCCAAAUCCCCGGCCGCGUACGAGAUGCCCGUGCUCCCCGAAGACUCCGAGACGUGCGUCGAUUCGCUGGAGAAGGCGCUCGGCGGGAGGGGCAUCGAGCUCCGCCGCCCUAACGAGACGUGCGACGUCGUUUACUGCUAUUGCGGCAUCCGAUUGCACCCGUUCACCUGCUCGGAGGCGUUUAGGGUCAAUUCGCGCGGGAAAUUGGUCGGCGGGGAGGCGGUGGAGAAUUUGGAGAGGGAUUGCGCCGCCGGCGCCGGCCUCGGCCUCGGCGGUUGCUCAAAGUGUCUCAACAGCCUUUAUUUGCUCAACGGGGAAAGAGGCGGAAGAAGCAACAGAACAGAGCGGACGAACAAGAUGCACAACCAGGACUGUCAGCUCAUGGGUAUCACUUGGCUUCUGAACAAGGACCGAUCUGCGUACAUACACACUGUAUCUGCAGUUCUAAGGGCUCUCAUGAUGAAUACAGACGACGCCUCUGAUCCGACUUUUUGCAGCCUCAACAGCAAUGGCAUGCCUCUUGCAGUUGACUCUUCAGAAAUCAACGAUCAGUCAUCAUCGACAUUUUUGGAAGUAAGCCUUCACAAGUACCUAGUGCCACUUUGUUUGCUAUACAUGAGCAUUCUUUGGUUUGUCAUUUGAGCAUUAGUCGAAUUAAGACUUCAUUUUGCCGUGCAAAGUUACCACUCUAUUCGAGGGAUGCUCGUCUGCUGUCAUCGUUUCUAGUUUAGAGUCUUUGCAUUUUGUUUGAGACUGAUCUGUAUAUAAGACCAUUGGAUUAAGUAUCUUUCUAAGUUUCUUGAUUUGAA